AAACUGCGGAAAUAACGUGUUACUUAGCUGGACUGAGGUCUCAUGCCUGUUUCUCUGCUGACCGCCUGAUCCUGUUGGGAUAGCUUCGUGGGACACUUAUUCUCAUCUGCUGGGAACUCUAUUGCUCAGUCAAGACGGGGAGAGGUACCCUGCCUUUCAGUCCAUGCCGGGCUUUGAAAUCCCGCGUGUAUUUUCACUUGCAGCGGCUCCUGAUACAGACCGGUCACAUUUCAAGCGCUCAAGACCCACUCACGUAAGCCUUUAAAACCUGGUGUGUAUUUCACACUCACAGCACAUCUCAAUUCAGACUCCCCGUGUUUCAAUAGCCACGUGCAGCUAGUGGCUUACCACACUGGACAGCAUCGAGCCACCAUCUCGUCUGGAAGCAUCUCCGUCAUGUUUGCAAAGGCCCACAUCUCCUCGGCAGUGCGCACAAGGAUGGUAACCAGAUCCUCCCGAAGUGCCUUCAUCUGCAGCCCCAAGCUGCACAGCUGGCCCAGCAGCCGGACAUCCGCUUGGCGCAGGUUCUCCUGCCAGUAGAAAGGGAGGUAGCCAGGGAGAGCUGGAGGAACAAGGAAACUCAGGGAGAACGCAACUGCAGCCUAAGGAAAGGAAGAAACUCUAGAACGAAGGACAGCCCAUCCUCCCCCGGGGAAAGACUUCAGAGUCCUGUUUUAAAGCCCAGGGCGCUCUGAGUAACCCCAAACCCGAGAAGAGUUACAACGUGCGUGCUCCUUUAAGAAGAGAGACAGAAGACGGAGGGAUGGGCGUGGCCACAAGAGAAGGCGUUCGCGACCGGCCGUUUCCGGUGACGCAACCCUAGCAACAUGGCGGCGCCCAGGACGCCCCAGUCCCUGCGCCUGGUGGCAGCCAUACGGAAUGGGAGUAGCAGGGGCAUCCACGGCCCGGGUGGGGCAGCGACUCCAGAGGGCAGUCAGAAGGGAAAAACACUGCUCCAGUUCCUGUCUGACCGCUUCUAUGAUGUGGAGUUUAUGAGGGAGUACUUCCUCCAAAGGCAGAUGUUGAAAGUGCACCAGAAAAAUCGAUCCUUCGCCCACCUCGUGCAGGACUAUGGCCCGAAUGCCGCAGGUGCCUGUUUCAUCCUGAAGCAGGGAGGCACGGUCAAGUUUCAGAACAAGGAAUGGAUCAGGCCAAAUGAGCGUGGCCAUUUCCGUCUUGAGUUCCUGAAGUUCCAGGGGGUACCUGUAGAGGCUGUGGACGCCAGCGGCUGCGCCAUCAACUACGAGGGCCUGGACAAUCUCUUGCUUCUGAAGGAGCUCCAGUCCUUGUCGCUGCAGCACUGCCCCCACGUGGACGACUGGUGUCUCAGCCGCCUUCACCCACUGGCCAGCUCACUGCAGGAGCUCUCGCUGGCCGGUUGUCCCCACAUCUCCGAACGGGGCCUCGCCUGCCUCCACCACCUCCAGAACCUCCGCAGACUGGACAUCUCAGAUCUCCCUGCUGUGUCCAACCCAGGCCUCACGCAGAUCUUGGUGGAGGAGAUGCUGCCCAACUGCGAGGUUCUGGGGGCCGGCUGGGCCCAGGGCCUGAAAGUGGAGCCGGAGGAACAGCCUUAGGACAGAGCCAGCCCCGUGCAUGCAUGGCCCUCGGCCUCCUCCCAACUCCAGUGGGAUCUCAGGGUGGCGUGUGGAAUGUCUCAUCGCUCACCACACUUCUGGCUUCCAGUUGGGUUCAACGUGGGAGUGGGGUUGUGGCACUGGCAGAUCAGAGAGAGAGCGUGAAGGAAGGGUGUUUAUUCCUGGCUGUCCCUGGCUGAAGGUCACAGCUACUGUCAUCCUGUCAGGCAGCCCUUUCCGCACACCUCUCCUUCCGCUGCCUCCUCAGGCCAGGGCAGGUGGAGGCUUGGGCUUCGGUAGCCCCAGGAAGCUGCGCUGAUCUUUGUGGUUCCCCACACUUGGCCCACACCUUGCCAAGAGACUCUUCUCAAAUCGUCCUUAUUUGUGUGUACGGCCAUUUCUUGCAGGGGCCUUGACUGAUGGGGGGGGGGUGCCCCUGGCACUUUACAGGGACGUUUCUUCCCUGUGUGGGACUGUCCUCGCUGUAGGAGGUACAGCGUCCUUGGCCCACACUCAUUGGAGGCCGGUAGCACCCCGCAUCCCAUGGUGUUGCCGGUUCUUGAUUCAUUGACUUUCGGCUCCAAAUUCAACUUUUUUGUCUGCUCUGUGAAAAUGGAUCUGGGCCUUUGAAAUACACGUUUCCUUUGCUAACGAGCAUGCCAGGCUUUGUCAGUAGAGGGCACUCUAGAGACGCUGCAGGAGGAAAGGCGUUUCCUGCCUGGUUCCUGUUGGGUGCUGCGGUGCGUGUGGCCUCCCCAGCACCCAGCUCCUACAGUGCCGGACGGUCAGCAGCUGCGCCUGGCACCCUCCACCCCCCAGUGGUUCCACAGGGGGUACAGGGCCUCCACCGAGGCGCCUUUCUGUGAGCAACUGGCCCCAGCACCCCAGUUGGAUUUCCAGUGAAUUCAGAGGCAUUUUUGCCAGUAAAUCCCUAUUAUUCCAAUUAAAGUCAAUAAUUUAUAUUAAA